AUGGCUUCGAUACUAUCUGAUGGUUCUUUAACCGAUGUGUCUUCCUUGAGCUCACCUUCUUCGGAUUCAUAUGAUAGUUCGGGAAAUUCUUCACCAAACGUAAAGUUACGAUAUCAAAAGGGAGAAGAAGCAUUAUGUUAUCAUGGUCCCACAGUAUAUGUAGCGCAAAUCUUGGACACGAGGAUAAUAUACACGAGCAAAGUGGGAGAAGUGGGACCACAAUAUCACGUACAUUACAAAGGAUGGAAUAAGAAAUGGGAUGAGUGGGUACCCGAAUCAAGGUUACUUAAGAAGACUCAAGAAAAUAUAGACAUGUAUAUGAUGCCAAGGAAGCAUUUUAUGAUGGAAUCAUCAGAUCUCGAUUUGGAAGAUGAUAGUGACCCGGAAGGGGGUGGAGAUAAGAAGAAUUCAAAAUUACGUUCGAAAAGGAUUCGAUUAUCCGUUGAUGUGAAUAUCGAGGAGAAGGUUAGGAUGGUCGAUGAAUGGCAAUGGAUAACCAAAAAUCAAUUGAUUAUACAUCCCAUGCCAAGAGAAAAGACAGUUGAUGAUAUCUUAAAGGAAUUUCUAGAUUGGUAUUUGGAAAGGUUAAGAGAACGGAAUAAGAUUACCAAACAACAAGAGUUGGACGUGGAGGAUGAUGUAGAAGAUUUUAAAGAAUUUUUUAAUGAGGUUCUACCGGUCAAUCUGCUUUAUCGUUUCGAAAGGCAGCAAUUUGUUGAAUUAGUUGAAAAAUAUCCCGAACUUUCUUAUUCUUCAAUUUAUGGCGCGGAACAUUUAAUGCGCCUUAUUGUAAAGAUCCCAGAUCUUGUAUUUUCCGUACAAAUGAAGGAAGAAAAGGCCGAGGAGAUACAGGUUUUGAUCAGAGAGAUGGUGGAAUUCAUUCAACUUAAAUGUAAACCUUAUUACGCUACUCAAUAUGAGCCUGCUGAUCCCGCUUACAUCAGAAUCAUCUGGGAAUACUAA